AUGCAAUUCAAGAGUACUUUAGCUGCUGCUACUUUAGCUUCUGCCUCCAUGGCUGCCUAUGUUCCAACUGAACCAUGGUCUACCUUAACCCCAACUGGUACUUACAAAGAUGCUAUGACUGAUUACACCGGUUCUUUCGGUAUUGCUGUCAUCCCAGUUGCUACUACUGAUGCUGCUUCCUCCACUGCUAAAGCUAAGAGAGAUGCUGUUUCUCAAAUCGGUGAUGGCCAAAUCCAAGCUGCUACCACUACUACUUCUACCGCUACUCCAAAGAAAAGUACCGCUGCUGCUGUCUCUCAAAUCGGUGACGGUCAAAUCCAAGCCACUACCAAGACUGAAGCCCCAAAACAAACUGCCGCUGCCGUCUCUCAAAUCGGUGACGGUCAAAUCCAAGCCACUACCAAGACUGAAGCCCCAAAACAAACUGCCGCUGCCGUCUCUCAAAUCGGUGAUGGUCAAAUCCAAGCCACUACCAAGACUGAAGCCCCAAAACAAACUGCCGCUGCUGUCUCUCAAAUCGGUGAUGGUCAAAUUCAAGCCACUACACAAACUACUGCCACCAAAGCUACAGCCACUACUUCUGCUGCUGCUUCUACUGACUCCUCCCCAGCUCCAUCAACUGAAGAUGCCUUCUUCGAAUCUCAAGCUUGUAAGACCGAUGGUACUUUAACCAUGACUUUAAAGAAAGGUUUAUUAACCGAUGCUAAGGGUAGAAUCGGUUCUAUUGUUUCUAACAGACAAUUCCAAUUCGAUGGUCCACCACCACAAGCCGGUGCCAUCUACGCUGCCGGUUGGUCUAUUAGUCCACAAGGUAACUUGGCUUUAGGUUCUCAAGAUGUUUUCUACCAAUGUCUUUCAGGUAACUUCUACAACUUGUACGAUGAAACUCAAGGUGAACAAUGUCACAAGGUUUACUUACAAGCUGUUGAAUUAGUCAACUGUUAA